AUGGCGAACAUCCCAGCAGGAAUAGCCCCGCCUCCCUGGGCCAGCGACGAAAUGAAUCCUCCAAAUACUCUCGAUAUGGAUCUGGACCAGCCGCCUAUUGCGUCAGCAGAUUUCGAAGCAGGGCUUCACAAUCUCGAGCACAGCUUUUCUUUUCCCGCUUCUGAGAACGAAGAUCCUUUUAAAUGGUUGAGCUCAGAAUUCGACUCAGCUACUGUGAAGACCGAAAGCAGGGAGGAUUUCAAUUUUCUUGGUUCGAAUGAUGACUUCACGAUGGGCACCAUCCCAGAUCUAGACCUGGAUCUGGAUAUUUGUAGCGACCUUGACUAUCCUGAAUCAGUAUCCAGCCCCGAGUCCUUUGGACCAGUUGGGCAUGAAAGCUUUCCAGGAUAUUCCUCGUCACCCUAUGAUGUUUUUGCCUCUCCAAAUGAAUUUGACAUAAGGCAUACACCACAACAACCAUCCAGUCCGAGCUCGCUCACUUCUCCUUUCCCUACUCUGGCGACACCAAGCACGCAACUCACCAUUCGAAUGGAGGGCGCUGAUCCUUCGACCUUGUCUGCCGUAAUGGGCACUUUGAUACAAUCGAAAGCUAGGUUUAGGUUUGAGACCCACUAA